AUGAGUGCAUGUGGGGGAGUGUGGUGGCUGUGUCGUCUGCUGUCCUUUGCCCCGACCACUGCUGCAAGGUCCCAGCCCACUCCCCUUGGCCACAAGCUUGGGGUUGUCUGCUGUGCAGUGGGGUCUGUGGCCAGUACGGGUACUUCCGGCCGGGACGAAGGCCACAGCCGGCCACAGAGGCGCCUGGGGCUUGAAACGGUGCGGGCGUCCGAGCACAGCCUGUCCCCAGAGUCGCCUCCUUCCAGGAAGGCCAUGGCCCUGAGAGUCCGCCCCUUCCUGGGGGUGUCGACUGUGAUCCCCUGUGGGAAGGGCACAGGGUGUGAGAUAGGGGUCUGCCACCCCACAACCCCCAGCCUUCGGGCCCCACUUCCCUGCUCUGGAAGACACUCCCACGCAGCCCAGGUGGCCCAGGCCGCUGAGGAGUUGUGUGAGCGUGAGGACCGUGCCUCGUCUCGCGAGGGAGUCCUCGCUCGGGGCCUGGGCCGCCCCGGCCGUGAUCAGAGGCCCCUGCACAGGGAGCCUCCCGCUGCAGUGCUGGCGGACCUGGACGGGACUCCGUCGUCGGAGGCCUCGCGCCCCUCCCAGCUGAGCAGCACCCUGUCCCUGGAGGACCUGGAGCUCAUCUUGGGGGAUGACCUGGCCAGCCCUGGGCCCCCGAGCCUGGAUGAGAUCCCAGAGAAGUGUGAGGCUGGCUGCCUGGCGCCAGCCACCUCAAUGUCCGAGCAGGACACCCGCAAGCUCUGGAGGCAGCUGGAGCAGCGCCUGGCCAACCUGCAGGCCGAGGUGGCUUGCCUCCGGGGACACGGGGACCGGUGUGCGCGGGCCACCCUGAACCUGCUGCGGGAGCUGCUCCGGGUGCGGGCCCAGGCGCAGGUGCAGGGCGCCGAGCUGCGGCAGCUGCAGCGAGACAUGCGGCAGGCGGGCCUGGGCCCCCAGCAGGAGGCCUGCGAGCCCUCCAGCACCCUGAGCCAGACCCAGAUGCAGGCCCUGGACAAGAGGUUGAUGGAGGUCUGCGAGGCCCUGGCUCAGAUCCGCAGGAAACAGGCCCUUCAGGACUCAGAGCGCAAGAGCUCAGACGAGGAGCUGACCGCCAGGUUGAACAAGUUGAUGGGGAAGCUGAGACAAGAGGGCCAGGACCGGAAGGCGGCCUGUGGGGCCCUGCGGAGGAGCCAGGCGGAGGCCAGCCAGCGGGUGGAGCACGAGGUGGCCAAGAUGCAGGCGCAGGUGACCAACCUCGGCGAGGAGAUGAGCCUGCGCUUCCUGAAGCGGGAGGCCAAGCUGUGCGGUUUCCUGCAGAAGAGCUUCCUGGCCUUGGAGAAGAAGAUGAAGGCCGCGGAGGACGCCCGGCUGCAGGCGGAGGACGGUCUGUGGGAGGCGCUGGAGAGCCGCUGGCAGAAGCUCCAGGGGCAGAACGAGGAGCGCCUCCUGGCCCUGCACGGGCAGCGUCAGCAAGAGGAGUCACGCCUCCUGGAGCAGUGGCAGGGCCUGGACCGGGCUGUGGUUCAGCUGACCAAGUUCGUGAGGCAGAACCAGGUGUCCCUGAACCGCGUCCUGCAGGCCCGGGAUGCCAAGGGAUAUGUAGACAAGAGCCAGGAGGGGGAGUCGGCUGCCUGUGUGCAGGAGAACCUGGAGGCCGUGCGGCUGGCCAACGAGCUGGCCCAACAGGAGACACGCAGCACAUUAGAGCUACUCAAGGAGAAGAAUCAGGCCCUGGAAGUGACCACCUUGGAGCUGGCCAGGCAGGUGAAGGACCUGGGUGACCACUUCGUGGCUCUGAGCUGGAGACUAGACCUACGUGAGCAGACGCUGGGCCUGCGGCUGUCCGAGGUGAAGAGUGGAUGGGAAGGCACGGACAGCAAGCCCCUGGAGGAGGCGGCCCGGUGGCGGCAGGAGGCCGAGGUGCACCUGAGGGAGGUGCAGGAGAAGGUGGACAGCCUCCCCCGGCAGAUGGAAAGCAUCUCUGACAAGUGCCUCCAGCACAAGAGUGACUCAGACCUGAAGAUUGUGGCCGAGGCCAAAGCCAGCUCUGAGAAUGGCCUGCUCGCCAGGUUCCAGAACCAGAUCAUGAGGCUGGAAAACAGCCUGCAGGACAACAAGGCCAUCCAGAACCUCCGGUUUAAUACGGAGACCAAACUGCGGGCGGAGGAGAUCGCCGCCCUGCGGGAGAGCGUGCUGCGGCUGUGGAGCGAGGAGGGCCCGUGGGCGCUGACGCUGGGCAGCCGCAAGGUGCUCAUGUCCCUGGUGCGCCAGCGCUUCUUCGUCAAGGACGCCGCCUCCAGCGCGGUGGCCUCCGUGAACCAGUGGGGCGUCUACCAGGCCGCCAGGUGGCUGCAGUGGAAGGCCGCGCUCAUGAGCCUGGCGCGGAGGCCGCGCGCGCGCCUGGAGAAGCCCCGCGGCCCGGAGCCCGGCACGCGCCUCCCGCCCCUGCCCCUGCCCCAGCAAUAA